AUGACAAGGCUCAGGAAGGCGGCCGCUGUAGGAGUCGUGGCAAGUAAACCACAGGAACCAGCCGCCUUUCCACAGUUUGCCUGCGACCACGAUGACGUCGACGUCCCGGGCGGCGCUGCUGUCUCUUCUGCUACUUCGUCCUGCUCGCAUGGCGGUGCUGUCUUAGCUGCUUCAUCCUCCACACGCCUCGACUCGUCGCUGCCUCAACGCCCUCAAUACAAGACCCAUGCACACGGAUACGGUGCUCGCAAGCUCUCUCGCUGCUCAGACUCGUCCUCUCAGACCAUGUCGUCCCUCGGCAGGAUAGGUAUCCCCCACCGAAAACGUUCCGGUACCGGCAUAGAUCUGUCUGUCUCCCUCAGCGAGAACAACGGCCUGGGAAUAUACAACAGCCUGGGCGGCAGGGACCGCGGUGCCGACGACUGCUCUACAACUGGCUCUCUCGGCGUCGCCCGUCACUACCGUUCGGCCAGCGGUGCAUCCCAACUCUCGUUCGGAAGUCUUCCUCGGCCCGGUGGCCAGUAUGUCCAUCCCAUGCGCCAGACUCCCCGUCCUUACACGCCACCGCUGGGACUAUCAAAUCAGAUCUCUGCCACUGCCAGCACCGACUCGCACCUUGAGGGCAUACAGCGUGUGACAGACUUUGACGACCCUGUUCCCACCAGCCAGGACCUCUUCCCUGGCUCUCCUUCUCCCAGCAUCUACAACGAACCUCGGAGUUCUAUCCAAAUAGAAAGUGAGACUACUACUACUACUCACCCGCCUACAAAGGCCCGCUCUACUUCCUUCGGUCGUGUCUUCAACAAUAAUUAUAACAAUAACAUCAUCAACAACAACAACAGCCCUUCUCCCCGGGACACGGCCCCUCUCUCCAGGAACUCAUUAGAAUUCGGAUUGCGGUCGAGAUCCCGCCGCCCCAGCACUGUAGAUCCCGCCGCCCGCGCCAUAGCCGUGCAGGCAGCUCGUCAGGCCUUCGAGGACAGGGAGGCCGCCAAAAAUAGGAAACGUGAUGAACAGAAUUCCAAAGCCCUCGAUAAGGAGCAGCGCCGUCUCCGUCGGCUGGAGCGGGAAAACUCAUACAACAGUUACACGGGUGGAAGGCGGUCCAUCUCUGACUUUACCUUGCGCCGGUCUUCAAAGCUGAGUGAGAAAGACAGCCGCAGGAAGAACUCGACUUCUUCUUAUGCCGCUGACGACACCACUAAGAUCACAUGGAAACCAAAGAGCCCAAAGAGCGCCUGGGUUCUCUUCCUCACUUGGCUACGCACUAAGAUAUUCAAGAUAGGAAAAAAGCUGAAGAAAGUAGGCUAA